AGAAGACCCAAUCUGCCGGCCCAUCAGAGGAGAGCUCUCUUCAUUCUUCGGCUUCUUUGUUGCGCCGCUUUGUAACAGGGAUUAUUUGGCCGUCCGAAAACUUGGGGAAUACAAACCGAACCGUUUUUAGGGGCGUGAAAACCAAACGGUGACGAAGAACGCCGAGUCCAUGACCAAAAAAUGCUUGCUACAAACACAUACUGCCUGCGCACGAUAACUACAACCACUACUUAUCAUAUUCAAUCGCCAUGUUAAGAUUUUUGACUUCUAGAUGUAGUAAGAGAGUUGAACAUUCAAUCAUUACAAGCCAGAGGCAGGGAAAUUCAGCAGCGAGAAAGUAUGUGGCAACUGUCUCAAUUGGGUUACAUCUUCCCCAAUACAGAGCAUACUUGCAUUAUAGAUUUCAAACUAGAGAGUAUGCUUCACUCUCAUUGUACAAUACCGCCAAGAGUUUUGGACAUGGUAGUUUUUCCAGGAACUUCCGUGUGUUCUCAGCGAGUAGUGCAGUGACACAUCGUGCUCAAAUUGCUUGGACGAGGCUUUCUCAUAAUUGUUUGUCUAAUGCCCGAAUUUUUCCGGCCAUAAAUAGGAUUGCUCAAGCAGUCAGCUUGGCUAUAACUCGUUCUCACCUAGCAGUUCCUAGCAUUUUUGCGUUGCCUUGUGGCCAGUUAGCAUGGGCACAGAGAUCAUCCUCAGACUCAGACCGCUUUCCUUCACAGAAUACUUUGUAUAUGCGUGCUCAAGAUGGUCAUGCUUUUAUGACCUCAUUACUGUGGUCCGCUAUGGAAGGUCUAAUCUUGGUACUGAGAGCUCUGUAUUUGGCAGUUUUGUUCACACCCAGCAUAGUGAUGGCACCAUUGGCAGAUUGCUGUGGGCCUCAGUUCAGGAAAACAUGGCUGCGGGUUGUACACCGAACCUUGGAGAAAGCGGGUCCAGCAUUCAUCAAAUGGGGCCAGUGGGCAGCAACACGCCCGGAUCUUUUCCCUAGAGAUUUGUGCACAAAGCUUUCAGAGCUUCACAUGAAAGCUCCUGAACACAGCUUUGCUUACACGAAGAAAACCAUCGAAAGAGCAUUUGGCCGUAAGCUCUCUGAAAUUUUUGAAAAUUUUGAGGAGACACCUGUUGCGUCUGGAAGUAUUGCACAAGUGCAUCGAGCUUCUUUGAGAUUUCGGUACCCUGGUCAAAAGGUGAAACCUAUGGUAGUUGCUGUAAAGGUUAGGCAUCCUGGUGUUGGUGAAUCAAUUAGGAGAGAUUUUGUAAUAAUAAAUAUGGUAGCUAAAGUUUCAAAGUUCAUUCCUACACUAAAGUGGUUGAGAUUGGAUGAAAGUGUACAGCAGUUUGCAGUUUUCAUGAUGUCUCAAGUUGAUCUUGCAAGAGAAGCUGCCCAUUUGAGCCGCUUUAUUUAUAAUUUCCGUCGAUGGAAGGAUGUUUCAUUCCCUAAGCCUGUGUAUCCACUUGUGCAUCCUGCUGUCUUGGUGGAAACUUAUGAGCAAGGUGAAAGUGUCUCGCACUAUGUCGAUGAUCUUCAAGGACAUGCUCGGAUUAAAUCUGCACUUGCUCACAUCGGGACACAUGCACUGUUGAAGAUGCUUCUGGUGGACAACUUCAUACAUGCAGACAUGCAUCCUGGAAAUAUCCUUGUCCGGGUGGGUCAGAGCAAGUCUCCUCGAAAACGGCUUUUCAAAUCAAAGCCGCAUGUCAUUUUCCUUGAUGUAGGCAUGACUGCUGAACUUUCCAAUAGUGACCGAGUAAAUUUACUGGAAUUUUUCAAGGCUGUUGCUCGUCGCGAUGGUCGGACUGCUGCUGAAUGCGCGCUCAGCUUAUCUAAGCAACAAAACUGCCCUAAUCCUAAGGCUUUUAUUGAGGAAGUGGAAGAUGCAUUCACUUUUUGGGGUACCCCAGAAGGUGAUUUAGUCCAUCCUGCUGAGUGCAUGCAGCAACUGCUUGAGAAAGUUAGGCGUCAUAAAGUCAACGUUGAUGGCAAUGUCUGUACUGUCCUGGUGACAACUUUGGUUCUUGAGGGUUGGCAGCGGAAACUUGAUCCUGGAUACAACGUGAUGGAAACAUUGCAAACGCUCUUACUCAAAGCUGACUGGGCAAAGUCUCUUUCCUACACAAUUGAGGGGUUGAUGGCCCCAUGAGAAGAACUCCUCUGUUAAUACUCUUUAAACAAUUUUGACACUACUAAAGCCAAGAAUAUACCAGUCCUAAGAAAUGACACAGAGUAUCUUAGGCGUUAAUUUUUUUGCCAUUUCUUUUUUGUCUGCUCUUGAAAAAUGCUGCUAUUUCAUAUGUUAUUUUUGAAGGUAAAUCCUUCUGUAUUAAUCUUGUUUUUCCUUUCCUUCAGGCAUUUACUAUUUAUUCCCACCGGUCACACUUUCACAAGCAAAAACAUUAAUAGUGACAGACAGAAAUAAAAUGGUGACAUUAUUCUUUCA